UGAAAACAGAAAGUCUAUGCCCAGACAAUGCCACAGAGGAGGAAGACACUGUGGAACUCACUGAGUUUGGUAUGCAGAAUGUUGAAAUUCCUCAUCUUCCUCAAGAUUUUGAAGUUACAAAAUAUAACACCUUGGAGAAAGUGGGAAUGGAGGGAGGCCAGGAAGCUGUGGUUGUGGAGCUGCAGUGUUCGCGGGACUCCAGGGACUGUCCUUUCCUGAUAUCCUCACACUUCCUCCUGGAUGAUGGCAUGCAGUAAGAGCCCAGUGGAUGUCUUGCAGAUUUAGAGUUGGCAGAGUGAAUGAAACCACAGAGUUUUUGAGCAAACCUGGCAAUGUGAGGCCCUUGUUGCGUGGUUCUCCUGUACGAAACAUCGUGGGAAUCUUGUGUCGAGGGUUGCUUUUACCCAAAGUAGUGGAAGAUCGUGGUGUGCAAAGAACAGACGUUGGAAACCUUGGAAGUGGGAUUUAUUUCAGUGAUUUGCUCAGGACAAGUAUCAAGUACUCACACCCGGGAGAGACAGAUGGCACCAGACUCCUGCUCAUUUGUGACGUAGCCCUCAGAAAGUGUAUGGACUUACACAAGAAGGACUUUUCCUUAACUGAAGCACCACCAGGCUACGACAGUGUGCAUGGAGUUUCACAAACAGCCUCUGUCACCACAGACUUUGAGGAUGAUGAAUUUGUUGUCUAUAAAACCAAUCAGGUUAAAAUGAAAUAUAUUAUUAAAUUUCCCACGCCUGGAGAUCAAAGAAAGGACUUUCAUCCUAGUGAUCAUACUGAAUUAGAGGAAUACAGACCUGAGUUUUCAAAUUUUUCAAAGGUUGAAGAUUACCAGUUACCAGAUGCCAGAACUUCCAGCAGCACCAAGGCCGGCCUCCAGGAUGCCUCUGGGAACUUGGUUCCUCUGGAGGAUGUCCACAUCAAGGGGAGAAUCAUAGACACUGUAGCCCAGGUCAUUGUAUUUCAGACAUACACAAAUAAAAGGCAUGUGCCCAUUGAGGCAAAAUAUAUCUUUCCUUUGGAUGACAAGACCGCUGUGUGUGGCUUUGAAGCCUUCAUCAGUGGGAAGCACAUAGUUGGAGAGAUUAAAGAGAAGGAAGAAGCCCAGUGAGAGUACCGAGGAGCCGUGACCCAGGGCCAUGGCGCUUACCUGAUGAGUCAGGAUGCUCCGACAGAAGACCAAAUGACCAGGCUAUGUUCUCCGAGUUGCCACUCUGUCUCCGUCAAAUGGCAGCAACUCAAUCCAGAUGCGCCCGAGGCCCUGCAGGCCCCAGCCCAGGUGCCGUCCUUGUUUUGCAAUGAUCGACUCCUUGUCUAUGGAUUCAUUCCUCACUGCACACAGGCAACUUUGUGUGCACUAAUUUAAGAGAAAGAAUUUUUGUACAAUAGUGUCGACUAUUGAGCUUCAGAAGACAACUGGAACUUUAAGAUUCAAAACCUAAACUAUCGACCCAUUGUUUGAAAGUUAUGAUUUUAUAACUCACGAGGUGGACCUCGUGAUCCACCCGCCUCGGCCUCCCAAAGUGCUGGGAUUACAGGCAUGAGCCACUGCACCUGGUCAAAUAAAUUUUUGUUUAACCAACAAAAAUUAAGGACAAAGAAGAGCAUUCCUUAUAGAAUGUUAAAGGGCACAAUUCAACCAGAAGACUUAGCCUAAAUAUGUACACACUCAACAUUGGAGCACCCAAAUUCAUAAAACAAGUUGUUCUUGGCCUACAAAAAGAUGUAGACACACAAUAACAGCAGGAGACCUCAACAACCCGCUGACAGCAAUAGACUGAUCAUUGAGGCAGAAAACUAACAAACUCUGUACUUGCACUUGACACUUGACCAAUUGGACCUGAUAGACAUCUACAGAACGCUUUGCCCAACAAACACAGAAGAUACAUUCUCAUGUGCACACAGAACAUAUUCUAAGAUCAACCACAUGCUUGGCCAUAAAGCAAGCCUCAAUAAAUUCAAAAAGUUUGAAAUCAUACCAAGCACACACUCUGACCACAGUGAGACAAAAAUAGAAAUCAGUAUCAAGAAGAUCUCUCAAAACUACAUAAAUACAUGGAAAUUACAUAAUUUGCUCCUGAAUAACUCCUGGGUGAAAAUCUAAAUUAAGGCAGAAAUAAAAAAAUUCUUUGCAAUUAAUGAAAAUAGGGACACAACAUACCAGAAUCUCUGGGAUGCAGCUAAAGCAGUGUUAAGAGGAAAGUUUAUAGCACGAAAUGCCUUCAUCAAGAAGUUAGAAAUAUCUCAAAUUAACAUUCCUACUUUGCACUUAAGGGAACUAGAAAAAAAGGAUAAACUAACUCCAAAGCUGGCAGAAGAGAAAUAACUAAAAUUAGAGAAGCACUGAAUGAAGUGCUUUUUGAAGUGCUGUUUUUUUAGACUAGAUGCAAAAAUCCACACAAAACAUCAAUGAAACCAAUAAUUAGUUUUUCAAAAAAUAAACAAGAUGGAUAGCCUGAUAGCUAAACAAAGAAAAAAAGAGAAGAGCCAAAUAAGUACAAUCAUAAAUGACAAAGAUGACAUUACAACCAAUCCCACAGAAAUACAAAAGAUCCUCAGAGAAUACUACAAACAACUCUAUGCACACAAAUUAGAUAAUCUAGAGGAAAUGGAGAAAUUCCUGGAAACAUACAAUCUCCCAAGAUUGAACUAGAAAGAGAUUGAAACUUUAAAUAGACAAAUACCGAGUUCCAAAAUCAAAUCAUUAAUAUAAAAUCUACCAACAAGGAAAAGCCCUGGACCAGAUGAAGCCACAGCUGAAUUCUACCAGAUGUACAAAGAACUGGUACUAGUUCUAUUGAAACUGUUCCAAAGAACUGAGGAUGAGGGGUUCCUCCCUAACUCAGUCUAUGAAGCCAGCAUCAGCCUAAUACCAAAAUCCGGCAGAGAAACACACAAAAAGAAAACUUCAGGCCAAUUACUCUGAUUAAUGUAGACACAAAAAUUCUUAACCAAAUACUAGGAAACAGAAUCCAGCAGCACAUCGAUAAGUUAACACACCACAAUCAAGAAGGCUUCAGUACAGGGAUGCAAGGCUGGUUCAACAUACGCAAAUCAAUAAAUGCUAUUCACCACAUAAACAGAACUAAAAGCAAAAACCAUAUCAUCAUCUCAAUAGAUGCAGAAACAGCUUUUGAUAAAAUCCAACAUCCCUUCACAUUAAAAACCUCAACAGACUAGACAUCAAGGGAACAUACCUCAAAAUAAUAAGAGCCAUCUAUGACAAACUCACAGCUACCAACCUACUGAAUGGGCAAAACUUGGAACCAAUCCCCAUGAGAAAUGGAGCAAGACAAUGAUGCCGACUCUCACCACUCCUAUUCAACAUAGCACUGGAAGUCCUACCUAGAGAACUCAGGCAGGAGAAAGAAAGAAUAGGCAUCCAAAUAGGAAAAGAAGAAGUCAAACUA